AUUUAACAGGCUACAUUAGGCGGAAGGCAUUCUUGUAAUUUAAUUGUAGGCUAUCCAAUUCAAAUCUGAUGAUUGUCACUGACUAGAAAAAAAUGUUUUGCACUGCAUUUUUGAUUAUGCUGAGCCGGUCUAUGGCCCGUGACGUGAACAGGGAAAAACGGUGGAGGAGGAGCGCCUUUCUCGAAUCGAACUGCAAUCAAACCAAAUCAAUCUGCGCCGCUCGGUCCUAUUGUCAAUAAGGCAGCGUGGUGAAUGGUCCAGAAACAUAACAUAAAAGCAAUCACUUUUAGAUGCGAAAAUAAUCUUACUCAUUACACCGCGUGCUUAAUUAGGUCACUUUUGUUUGGUGCCGACUUCGCCGUGGGAUUUGACCGGGGCACCUAGCUCUCGCCAGUGAAAGAACACCCCUGCCCGGGCCAGAUUGUACUGUCAGGAACCGAGGAACGAAGCUGAAUGCAUCGCCAAUAUCAAGGAGUUUUUGAGAGGAUGCACAUCCUUGAAAGUAGAGGGAUUUGAACCAGAGUGCCUGUACUCUGGCGAGAAAUUUAACAAAGUGCUGACUACUCUGCUGGGAGUCAACUUCGCCACCCAGGACUGUGGCACUGAGAGGUCAUGUCCCCAGUCCGGCACACCUGCUCCUAGCCAGUCCACCACCUCACACACACACACCUCUUCCAGGUCCAAGUCCCUGCGCAGACAAUCCAAACCAGUGGAGAUGUCGGAGAACGGCGGAGGCGGGCUGGUGCUGGUGAAGGCGCGCUUCCAGUUCAAGCAGAACAACGAGGAUGAGCUGUCCUUCAACAAGGGAGACCUGAUCAGUGUGUCGCGCCAGGAGGAGGGUGGCUGGUGGGAGGGCUCGCUCAACGGCAAGACGGGCUGGUUCCCCAGCAACUAUGUCCGUGAGGUCAAGCCCUGUGAUAAACCUGUGUCUCCUAAAGCAUCUCAACUGACCAAGAACUACUACACUGUGGUGGUGCAGGACAUCCUGGAGCAUGAGAGGGAGUUUGUCAAGGAGCUGCAGACAAUGUUGAGCUGUUACCUACGACCCCUAAAGGCCAGCGACAAGCUCAGCAUUACAGACAGUGGCAGUCUGAGUGGUAACCUGGAGGAGAUCCUCACCUUCCAGCAGGGUCUGGUUCUUGCUCUGGACGAGUGCACCAAGGUUCCAGAGAGCCAGCAGCGAUUGGCUGCCUGCUACCUCAACCUGAUUGGUCAGAUCAGGAGGCUGUACCGGUCAUACUGUUCCAGUCACCCCUCGGCUGUCUGCGUACUCACUGACCACAGUGAGGAGCUGGGUACGUUCAUGGAGAGCCAGGGGGCCAGUCCGCCAGGCAUCCUGACCCUGACCACCAGCCUGAGUAAACCCUUCAUGAGGCUGGACAAGUAUCCCAUCCUGCUGCAGGAGCUGGAGAGACAUAUGGAGGAGGCCCACCCGGACUACAGUGACAUCUUGAAGGUUACGGUGGCUUUUAAAAGCUUGGUGACCCAGUGUCAGGACCUGCGGAAACGUAAGAACCUGGAACUACAGAUCCUGUCGGAGCCAGUGAGAGGCUGGGAGGGAGACAGCAUGAAGUCUCUGGGUCACGUGGCCUACAUGUCCCUGGUCCACAUGCAGAACGGGACCAAUGAGGAGAAGGAGGAGCGCUACCUCAUGAUGUUUCCCGGUGUGCUGGUCCUGCUGUCUGCUAGUCCGCGCAUGAGCGGCUUCAUAUACCAGGGAAGGCUGCCGCUGACAGGCUCCACAGUCUCCAGGCAGACGGAGGACACGGAGAACGGCCACUACACCUUUGAGAUCACAGGAAGCACAAUGGAUCGCAUCACAGUGUUCUGCAGUAACCCCCAGGAGCUGCAGGAGUGGCUGGACCAUCUCCAUGCCUACAGCGAAGGAGCCAGCCCCGUGGGCACCAUUAUCAAGCCGGUCAGUAUGGUGGGCACCCCCACUCACCUUCCCAGCUUCAGCACCCCCAGCCAGGCCAACCGGGGACCCCUGGAGCCCCCCAAGACCACCAAGCCCUGGUCUCUGAGCUGCCUGCGCCCCGCCCCACCCCUCAAGCCCUCCGCUGCACUGGGCUACAAGGAGAGGAUGUCUUCUAUCUUGAAGGACUCCAGUAAGAGCUCUGGGCCCAUUAAGAAUUUCUUCCCAAAACGCAGAGCAGAAAGGAAACAUUCCGACGAGGAGUUCCUCUUACGGAAAAGUACAGCUGCUCUGGAGGAGGAUGCCCAGAUUCUGAAAGUGAUCGAGGCCUACUGCACAGGGACCAGCCAGCAUCAGGCCAGCCAGCAUCAGGCCAGCACAGCGGUGAGGAAAGUGUGUGUCCCUCAGGUCCUUCUGCCGGAGGAAGAGAAGAUCAUGGUGGAGGAGAUGAAGAACAACGGUCAGACAAGCGUAGAGGAAAAGAGUCUGGUUGAUGCAGUAUAUGCUUUAAAGGAUGAGGUCCAUGAAUUAAAGAAGGAGAAUAAGUGGAUGAAGCAAUGUAUGGAGGAGGAGCAGAAGUCUCGUAAGGAGCUGGAGAGAGUGGUCAGGAAGUUGGCCAAGCAGAAGAACGACUGUGCUUGGGAGGAUGGAGGGCACUGAACAACCCAACUACCUACCUACCUAGCCCGUGUGUGUGUGUGCGACUGUGUGUGACUGCCUUCAAUCCCUACAACACAGAAGGGUUGGAUUCAUGCAUCUGGACAAUGGUUAGAGCAACUCUCUGGUCUGAUGCUUGGGGGGGGGGGGGGGGGGGGGAUAACCAGAAGCAAAAAUUCUGAUUGGUUGCCUCCCGUCUACUGGCACUGGUCAACUCUGAUGGAGCCAUUUUGGACAAAGGAGAAAUAACUACUGCUCUAUUGUCACCAGCUACAUCGCGACUGUGGACUAUUGGGUCUACAUUUUCAAUAGAACAUCUAAUGGGAACGAGAAGCCAUCUUUCGGUUCAAUGGGGUGUUCUCUUGCAUGUACUUGUUUCUGCAGGAGAGCGACUCCCUCUGCCAUAACUAGGGCUCGUCUGGCCCACUCUACGUCUGUUACAGCACUGUUUCUUUAUUUUGGUGUUGAGGACACCCCUUGCAGCCUUGUCGGGAAAGAGUGAGGCUUGCAUCGAGCUUUAUUGAACAUCAUUGGCAUUUUGAGAUUGCACGUUCUAGACGUGAGACUCUGCGUCUCCAAGCUGUUUCAUAGUCCUCAGAGCUUUAGCUUUUCAUUUCAGAUGGGUGAGACCUAUCCAUGGACUAUAAAACAGUCCUCUAGCUCAUGGUAAGUGGAUUUCAAUACCGCUCAUAUCCAAGCUGGUAUUAACAUUAACGAAUAAUGUCCUUGACUGUGUUUCUUACAAUCUGCGCGGAUGUACAGUAUUUUUAAAGAUAUUGUUACACAUUAGAUGUGACGAUCAAUAUAUAGGCCAAAGCUUUCAGGGAUAUAGAUAUAUAACAAGUAGAACACCCGUAUAUGGUGUAUUGCGUAUAAAAUAGAAGAUGACAACGGUGUGGCCUAUACUUUCUUACCGAAACGAUAUAACAAUUAAAUACAUGUACUAAUAAUACAUAGCUUUGCUUUAUUCGGGAGUUAAAGAAUAUAUAUUGCUUAUUUAUUUUCCAUGAAAACAUUUCAUUAUGUAGGUAGAGAUGUGUGUAUUGUAUGUAGGUUAUAUGGUACUGGGAACCCACUUGGGGCGGUCUCUGGGUUUCUGCCUUAAACCAACCCGCACCGCAGAAACCACCUCUACAGAAUGAUCAACUAAGGAAACAAUGUUUUUAAGUGAUCUUUAUUUAUUUGGCAUUGUCCAUUGGGGAAGACAAAACACAACCCAUUUUGAUUUUAAGAAUUUGGCACCACAGGAACAAUGUUAUUUGUACUUCGUAAACUGUGUCCCACAAUGUGAGUUAGGGUUACAUUCCAAGGAAGUCUCAUUGCAUCAGUGUCCUCCGCCCGUUUUCACAGAGCGUCUGAGUUGGACUGCUGUUCUAGGAUCAGGACCCUCCGGUCCAUUUUUAUCUUAACUAAUUAUGGUCUAAAAGGGAACAAAGACGAUCCUUUUCUUGGACGGUUUGUAAAUUUCGUCCCUGGUCUGUCGUUCUUAUGCUUCUUCCAGGUGAGUUAAUGCAGAUGGAGAUAUGUCCCCACUUUGAUUGUGUUGAUGGAGAGUGUAAAGUAUGAGUAGUGGGAUCAAGGGCCUCCUGAUCACAGUGGAUUAAGUUAUGAGGUACAGAGGAAGUGGCAGGGAUUUACAUGCACAGGUUUUCUGUCAUGUUUCACAUUUCAAUGGAACUGAAUGGCACUGUUUAGACGUUCAUGGGGACAGGUGAGGGUCGUGUGACGAUUCAAUGUGGAACCGGGCUUUGAUGACUUAUGUCAAGGCCUUCGGGGAAAGAUUAUUCAGUUGAAUCACAGCACUUCCUCCCAGGAUGACGUGCAGUGCGUGCACUGUAGAACCUGGUGUCAACCUCAUACUGCAGAGUGACCGUAGGAACUUCAUGAGAAUGCAAUGUGACCACUUCAGUAGGACUGUUUUCACUUGAGUGUCACUCUGAGACAGUCAGUUGGGCAGUAGACCAGAUUGUAUAAAGAGACAUAUCUCUGUUAAUGUACAGUGAUGACUCAUUCACCCACUUAACCAAAAUGGGCCUAUUGCCUUGUCCCUGUUUCCUGGCCACUGUGUUCUCUGUAGUCCUGAUGUAUUGCAGCAUACUGUUACAAGCUGUUGUGUUCAGGUCCCACGGUCUGUCAGGUCAGAUCCACAUGUUUUGUCACCUGUACAAAUGUCCUUCAGUAUCAUUUGUUUAUGUUUUAUUGCUGAGAUUAUUUUUAACAUCAAUAUUUUUAUCAAUGCAUUUUAUUUUCUUCCUAAAGUGUCUUAAACUUUUCAAUGUCUGGUAGCCUAAGUGAGCACUUCGACUGUAUCAUUUGAAAAAGUGGUUUGAUGCCAAAAUUCUGACUCUAUUGUAAGGCAUUUUGUUUCUUCUUCUAGUUGCGGCAUACUUUCAUUUUUUCAGUAUGGUCAUUCUUUUAAUAAAAAUCUAACUUGA